AUGAAAGGCGACAACAAGAAACUGGUUGAGUUCCCCGUGGCAGUGCAUGGCGUCAUUGGGAACACCCCUCUGUCGGACAACCACACUGAUCCCCACUGCGGCUUGCUUGUGGUCGCCGAUUUCCUUCUCGCCAACGGCGCGCUGGACGCGAUAAACUUGAACUGCAUGGACAAGGUGCAGCCUCUCAAUUUCGACAUCCCGGACGCCUUGGCCCUCGAACUGUUUGGUCUGGACGGCGGCGCCAUGGACGGCAAACUGCACACCCCCGCGCAAGGUGCCAAGGACUACAACUUUACAGUCGUCGGCCUCGGGCUCAAUGCGCUCCUGAAACAUAGUAAAGCCAAAGCGACGCGAGGCAAGUACGCAGUCUACGAAGACGCGUGCACGGGCAACGCUUCUUGA